AGAUGCGGAACUACUGUCGGGGAUUCUAGGGGCCACGUUCUAUGCAGCAAAGAACCUAGUACUGUUGCAACUUUCCAGUAGACUCUCGGCUGUCUAGUAUAUUAUGGCAAGAUUUUGGGUCUUCGCCACCGGCACCGGCUUUUUUCUUGCAGUUUUGAUUUUGCAUUCUCUGUUUUGUCGCUCUCCUGUCUUAAGAAGCUUUGUUUUCCAAGUUUCCUGGAAAAGUGAGAAAAUUCUUUACCAGUUGGAUCUGACUUGGCCAAAAUAUCCAGGAUACUUUACUGGAACAACUUUCUGUGUUGCCGUGGACUCUUUGAAUGGUUUGGUUUACGUUGCCCAGCGAGGGGAUGACAUCCAGAAGGUACUUGUGUUCACAGAGGAGGGCUAUUUUCUGAGGUCCUGGAAUCACACAGUUGAUGCACCUCACGGUAUCUUUGCAGUCGGUACACCACAUGAACAGUCUGUCUGGAUCACGGAUGUAGGAAGUGGAUCCUAUGGUCAUACUGUCAAAAAAUAUAAUUCAUUUGGUGAUCUUGUUCAAGUCUUGGGUACCCCAGGUAAAAAAGGCACCAGUUUGAAUCCCUUGCAGUUUGACAAUCCUGCAGAAUUAUUUGUUGAGUACUCUGGAGAUAUCUACAUUGUGGAUGGAGAUGGAGGACUGAAUAACAGAUUGAUCAAGUUAUCACAAGAUUUCAUGACGCUUUGGCUGCAUGGAGAAAAUGGAACAGAACCUACCAAGUUCAACAUACCUCAUAGUGUCACAGUUGAUUCAGCUGGUCGGGUAUGGGUUGCUGACCGGGGAAAUAAAAGAAUUCAGGUGUUUGACAAAACCACUGGUGAGUGGUUAGGUGAAUGGACAAAUUGUUUCACAGAAGAAGGACCAUCUUCAGUCAGAUUUACUCCUGAUGGAAUGUACUUGGUUAUAGCCCAACUGAAUCUUAGCAAGCUCUUAUUCGUGCCAGCACCACCAGUGGGAAAUAUUGGCAACUGUUCUGUGAUCAGCACAAUCCAACUAGCAGAUCAGGUUUUACCUCAUCUCGUAGAUGUCAGUGGGAAAACAGGAGCAAUCUAUGUAGCGGAAAUUGGAGCAAAACAAGUACAAAAGUAUAUUCCUUCAAAAGACUAUUUCUUUUCCUUUGUUUCAUAAUGUUUUUCCAUGUGAAGGUUUAUGUUUUUAAAUUGACUUAAAUUUCAAAUUAAUGAUCAAGCAAAAUAAUUAUUGUUAACUUACUGCCUACUACCUAACUUACUGUAAGCAAGAUUUUAUUUUGCAUUGUUAAGGACUUUUAAUUUUUUGAAGUAUAGGGUGUGGGUGGACCUGUCAGUGUUGAGGGGACAUAUGGGACCAUCUACUAAGCCCAAGCCUCCUACAUGUAAAGCAUGUGCCCCAGCCCACAGACAAUA